AUGAUUUCCGACAACCAGCUUUAUUCCCUUGCCAUAUUUCUGGGCUCGGCAGCCAUGCUGAUGAUAGUCUUAUACCAUUUCCUGGAGGUGAACUCGCAGGACGACGAGGGGCUUUCGGGCGACCUGCAAUCCGAGAAGAGCGGUGUUGGUGCGGUGAAACCUACGGCGGCGGCGAUGUCGGGUACAACGGCCGGAGGCGGCGCUGGUUUUGUCGGGGAUGAGAAGAGAUGA